UCUUGCAAAAAAAUAAAUAAAGUCUUCUUCUUUUGUUUAGCUUCCUUUCUGCCCAUUAAACAUUGAAAAUGGCAGAUUAGAAAUCAUCGUUUCCCCUCCAAAGGAAACACUCAUCAUUGCUCCCAACAAUUCUUUUCCUACCUUAGAAACCUGAGCUUCUAAGAAUACUUUCAUUCCCUUUCUUUUUAUUCUUAAACAAUAUAAAUAUAACUCUCUUCAUAAUCUUUUUUCUCCCUCUUCUCUCAAAGUCUAUUAAUUACUAUUCCAAAAGAGAUCCUUUCUUUAUGAUGGAUCCUUCUUCUACAAACUCUGUGAAUGGAUUUUACUCUUUUCUAACAAGAGGGAUUGAUGAUCUUGAAAGAGUUUUCUUGUCUAACAACUUCAUGUCUAUUCAAUUCCUUCAAAGGGUACUUUCCCUUUUGAGAUCUUUCCAUACACAGUUAACACUUCUUGUCCAAAAACUUCACUUGCCUGUUGGUGAAAAGUGGCUUGAUGAAUACAUGGAUGAAAGUUCUAAGCUUUGGGAAGUUUGUCAUGUUCUUAAAACUGGUAUUUCUGUCAUGGAGAAUUACUAUUCUGCUGGUUUUAACCUCACUUCUAAUCUUGAUACGCAUCCCCACCUCAGCCCUCAAUUCUCUAGACAGGUGAUUAGAGCAAUAACAGGGUGCAGAAGAGAAGCAGUGGGAUUAGAGGAAGAGAACAGAGCAUUAAUGGAAACAAGAGUUGAGCCACUUUCAUCAUUAAGGUUUGAUGAAGUUGUUUCAGUUGAAUCAAAGCUAAAUGGAUUCAAUGGAUUUAGAGGAGUUCUAUAUGCAAUGAGGAAUGUUAGUUCACUUUUGCUAAUGAUCUUGCUCUAUGGAUUAGUCUACUGUUGGCCUGAAUCAUCAUCAGAAUUUUUAAGAGGAGGUGAAUAUCAAACAGGUUUGUUUUUUGGAUCAAAUUUUAUGAUAUCAACUUCAAGAUUGCAACAAAGAGUAGCUUCUGAGAUUAAUAAAAAUGGGGUUUUGUUGUAUGAGUUUCAAAGAUCAAGAGAAGUUAUGGAUGAACUUAGAGGAGAAUUGGAAAAAAGAUGUUGUGGAAGUAGUAUAGUGGAUUGGGAAACAGAAAGUGGAGUAAGGGAAAGAGUUGAUAAUUUGAAAGGGUAUUUUGGGGUUUUGAGAUCUGGUACUGAAAAUAUUAUUGGACAAUUGGAUGAUUUUUUUGAUGAAAUUGUUGAAGGAAGGAAGAAGCUUUCGGAUUUCUGCAGCCAUAGGUAGAAGAAAAAGCAAUGUUUGGGAAGGAAAAAAAAAAAUACAAGUAGGGAAAUCUGUAGUUGUUGGUUGUACUUUUUGUUGGUUUUAACUUCUUUUUUUUUUUUCUUUACUCUCUUUUAAUCUUUUUUCCUUUUAGGAUUUUCUUGGGGGUUUAUUCCUUUUUCUUUUAAUGUGUAAUUUGUAAGGUGUUGUAGUUGGUGAGACCCCUGCAAAUGUCUUUAUUUCAAGAACUCAAAGAAGAAAAAAUUUGAAGGAAAAAAGAUUGGUGAAACAUGAUUUAUCAACAAAUAAACCAAGCAUGAGAUUCUGUUCUGUUCUUUUAGAGGUCGUUUGGUACACGGUAUUAGCUGGGAUACCCAAAAUUAACUGUGGGAUUAAUUUUGUAUCAUGUUUGAUAGAAGGUAUAAAUUUAUUCUGGAAUAAAUUACCUUGUAUCAAACAAAGUAUAAAAUGCAUCCCAAACUUAAAGAUGGGAUAUCCCAUCUUAUCCCAUUAAUGCUGGAAUUAUUUUAUCCCAUCUCCUAGAUGUGAUAAAUUAGUCCCAAGAAAUGGAUAAAUUAGUCCCAAAAUUAUAAUUCUGAAAUAAUUUUGUCUACAUAUCAAACGAC